AUGUUCCUGAUAUAGCAUGUGAGAUAAGGAGUCGUGUGUAUUCAUAGAGGACGGGAUAAAGUGUGUACGUAGGACAUAGGGGGACAAGGCUGAGCCUAUCCGAGCAGUCUCCGCCCAGCUCCAACACACACGCACAGGACAUGGCACCUACAGAUCAUAUAAUGGAAUUGCAACUCAAAAAUGAAGAGAACCGUCUGAGAUGGGAUCUAACUCCAGAACAGAUACGGCUAAAGACCAUUGAGCUCACUGAGAAAACCAAGCGUGUGUAUGAUGACGUUGGGCGUCUUGAUAUAAACUCUGUCACCUAUGAAAAUACUUUAAAAGCUCUGAGUGAUGUAGAAGUUGAGUAUGCAGUUGAGAGGAGUAUGCUGGAUUUCCUUCAGCAUGUGUCAACGAACAAAGAUGUCCGGACCGCAAGUACUGAGGCCGAUAAGCAAUUGUCUGAAUUUGACGUAGAGAAAAGUAUGAGGGAAGACGUCUAUAAAAGACUUGAGCAUUUGCAGUCAGUGCUACCUCCUGAUUCCUUGAAACCAGAGGCAAAAAGGCUUUUGGAGAGGUUGAUCAAACUGGGUCAGAGAAAUGGUCUAAAUCUUUCAUCUGAGUUGCAACAGAAAAUCAAGGAUAUCAAGAAGAAGAUGAGCACUCUUUCCAUUGACUUCAGCAAGAAUUUAAAUGAAGACAUCACAUUUCUGCCUUUCACCAGGGAAGAGCUAGGAGGGCUUCCUGAUGACUUUUUGAAUUCCCUGGAGAAAGAUGAAGAUGGAAAACUAAAGGUUACUUUGAAAUAUCCUCAUUAUUUCCCGCUGAUGAAAAAAUGCUUUGUUCCUGAAACACGGAGAAAAGUGGAGUUGGCUUUUAACUCCCGCUGUAAAGAGGAGAACAACAAAAUUCUUUGUGAACUUGUCAAGUUAAGAGAAGAGAAAAGCAGUUUACUUGGCUUUGAGACACAUGCAGAUUUUAUAUUGGAGAUGAACAUGGCAAAGAACAGCAAAACUGUGGCAAGCUUCUUGGAUGAAUUAUCACAAAAAUUGAAACCUUUGGGAGAGCAAGAAAGAGCUGUCAUGUGGGAACUCAAGAAGAAGGAGUGUGAGAAGAGAGGUCUUGAAUUUGAUGGCCAGAUUAAUGCCUGGGACAUGAGGUACUUUAUGAACCAGGUAGAAGAGACCACAUACAGUGUGGACCAGAAUCUUCUAAAAGAGUAUUUUCCAAUGGAAGUGGUCACCUCUGGUCUGCUGAAUAUUUAUCAAGAGCUGCUAGGCCUGACCUUUGAAUUGGAGAAGGGUGCUCCUGCGUGGCACGAGGAUGUGUCCUUGUUCUCUGUGAAAGAUGUAGCAACAGAACAGCUUCUAGGAAAAUUCUAUCUUGACUUGUACCCUCGGGAGGGAAAGUAUUCCCAUGCAGCUUGCUUUGGGCUGCAACCAGGGUGCCUUUUACCCGAUGGCACAAGACAGAUAUCUGUGGCUGCCAUGGUUGCCAACUUCACCAAACCCACACAGGAUGCCCCAUCUCUUUUACAGCAUGAUGAAGUGGAGACGUACUUUCAUGAAUUUGGGCAUGUAAUGCAUCAGCUUUGUUCUCAGGCAGAUUUCGCAAUGUUUAGUGGAACACAUGUAGAGAGAGAUUUUGUUGAAGCACCAUCUCAAAUGCUGGAAAAUUGGGUAUGGGAGAGGCAGUCACUUCAAAGAAUGUCAAAACAUUACAAAACGGGUAUUCCCAUUCCUGAAGAGACUUUGGAAAAGCUUAUAAAAUCUCGUCUGGCAAACACAGGUCUGCUGAAUCUUCGCCAAAUAGUCCUGGCUAAGAUAGACCAAGUGUUGCACACACAUAAGAAUAUGGAUCCAGUAGAUGAGUAUAGUAAAUUGUGCGAUGAUAUUCUUGGAGUGCCAGCAACAGCCGGGACAAAUAUGCCUGCAACUUUUGGACAUUUGGCUGGAGGGUAUGAUGCCCAGUAUUACGGCUACUUAUGGAGUGAGGUGUAUUCCAUGGACAUGUACCACGCACGGUUUAAAAAUGAAGGAAUCAUGAGCCAGAAGGUGGGUGCAGAUUACAGAAACUGUAUCCUAAAACCUGGGGGAUCUCUGGAUGCCAUUGUAAUGCUACGUAACUUCCUUGGGCGUGACCCGAAGCAGGAAGCAUUCCUAGAGAGCAAAGGACUGACCAAUCUGUCAUGACCAGUGACUUCUACCUGCUAGUAAACCUUCCAAACACAAUAAGGUUUGAACUAUCCCAAAUCUCAGGAUAGUUGAAUAGUGACUUCUAAACGGUUGUUUUUUGCACAUCAGGCUAACAAUUGCUGCACACAGGUAUUCCUAUAUACCCAGUGGCAGAACUCAUGAACAAACAUUUAAAAAUUUGAAACAAUGUGCUCUUGUUCCAUUUUUGUAUACUUUGGACUUAUAGGAACAACAUUAAAUGUGUUGUUAAUUAAACAUCUACUCUUCAUCCCCUUAACACAACAAGAACUCGAUUUGGUCAACACUCUACUUACCUACUUGAAGUACGGGUCUAUGAACCCAUUACCACUGUGUAAAUUACAAGUACCUAUUGAAAUAAACAAUUUGAUCCCACAA